UAUCGCCCCGUCAUCGUCGACACAGAAAAAAGGUACACUCGCCUGUACGAAAGAUAGCUAUGUCCUCUUCACGAGGUAGCGGCCCGGAAUCGGGAGAAUUGAGCGAUUCCGAGGACGGUUAUUUGGACACAGAUCCACUGAGGUAUGAGCUGAGAAAUAUACAAAAUGUGAUACACGUUACUCGACAAAACAUUGAUGCUCUGAACAACCGUUUUGCUGGAUUUCAACAUCCACCUUCAAUAUAUCUGAAUGAAUAUCAAGAGUUAACUAGCAAGUUGCAUGAUUUAGAGUCCAAGGAACAGAAGCUCAAUGAAUUGUUGAAUGCCAAGGGUGAAUUUCGUGAUACCAAUGCAUCUGCCAGGGGUCAAAGAACGCUGAUGAGGUCUUUGCUGAGGGCACAUUUACCUAAUCAGCAACGCACUAGUGUACAGGUUCGAGAAGGUCUUUCACUAAGGGAUGCACUUGCCAAAGCAAUGAAAUUAAGGAAUUUGACUACAGAAAUGUGUGUGGUAUAUAUUUUGGGUACAGAUGAGUCCAAAUAUCUUACUUCUUGGGACACAGACAUCUCUUUGCUUGACUGCGAUGAAAUAUCUGUAGAAAUCUUGGAUAAGUUUCCAAUAACUACUUCCAUUUCACAUAAUUUUGUGCGCAAGACUUUCUUCUCACUAUCAUUUUGCGAAUGCUGUAGAAAACUCCUCUUUCAGGGAUUUUAUUGUAGAACGUGCAAUUAUCGAUUUCAUCAAAGAUGUGCUGCUGGUGUACCUGCCCUGUGUCACCAAGUACGCAUGCAGGAUGCUUACUACCAAGUAUUAUUAGCACAUAAUCUUGAAAGUACAGCUGGCAUAUUGCAACUUCCUUCUAGUUAUGGUUUAAGCAGAAGUAUGUCCCCAUCUUUAGCACCAUCAAGAAACCAAAGACAUCCACGUUCUUUGGGACAACAAGAUCGUUCUAGCUCUGCGCCUAAUGUUUGUUUUAAUAUGGUAAAACCAAAUGGUGAAUCUGCUAAUUUAGAUGAAUACAGCAGAUCUCAGAGUUUAGGUCGUCCUGUUGGUACCACACAAAGUGCUGUAUCACCUGGUAGUAGUCCAACAAAACAUAGUCAGUCAACACAGGCUAGUCCUACUAGUACUCUGAGGCCAAAAAGACCAAGAGCAAGAUCAGCUGAUGAAUCAUCUAAAAAUCUCUUAGCACCUAGAGAAUCCAUAGAAGAUUGGGAAAUUCCAGCAGAUGAGAUUUUAGUUGGAGCUCGUAUUGGAUCAGGUUCUUUUGGAACAGUAUACAAAGCUCAUUGGCAUGGACCUGUAGCUGUGAAAACGCUCAAUGUUAAAAUACCUACUGCUGCUCAGUUACAAGCAUUUAAAAAUGAAGUUGCAGUGUUACGUAAGACACGGCAUGUAAAUAUCCUUUUGUUCAUGGGAUGUGUCAGUAAACCACAACUGGCAAUUGUUACUCAAUGGUGUGAAGGAUCUUCAUUGUAUAAACAUCUGCAUGUAUGUGAGACAAAGUUUGAUUUAUUCACAUUGAUAGAAAUUGGAAGACAAACUGCACAGGGAAUGGACUAUUUACAUGCAAAAAAUAUCAUCCAUAGAGAUUUGAAAAGUAAUAAUAUAUUUCUGCAUGAUGAUCUCACUGUGAAAAUUGGUGAUUUUGGUCUGGCUACAGCAAAGACUAGAUGGUCUGGUUCUCAACAAUUUCAUCAACCAACUGGAUCUAUUCUCUGGAUGGCACCAGAAGUCAUAAGAAUGCAAGAGGAAAAUCCAUACAGUUUUCAGUCAGACGUUUACGCAUUCGGCGUUGUUUUAUUCGAAUUAUUAUCUGGUCAAUUACCAUAUUCUCAUAUUAAUAACAAGGAUCAGAUAUUAUUUAUGGUCGGGCGUGGAAAUUUGCGUCCAGAUUUGAAUAAAUUACGUUCAGAUACUCCAAAAGCGUUGAAAAGACUGACAGAGGAUUGUAUCAAAUUUUCUAGAGAGGAGAGACCAAUAUUUCGUCAGAUCUUAGCUAGUUUAGAGGGUCUUUUACGAGGAUUACCGAAAAUAACGAGAUCGGCAUCCGAACCAAAUUUGAACAGAACGCAGCUACAAUCAGACGAUUUUGUAUACACCUGUGCUUCGCCAAAAACUCCGGUGAAUUUUCAAUUCGGAGCAUUUUUCUUUUAUCCUUCCGGUGGGAACAUAUAA